AUAUUGGCAACUCAAUAAUAUAUUCCGUGUUUGAACAAAAAUUGAUGUGAACAUAGAUGUUUGAACAAAUGAACAAAUACUGGGUAGAUAACAAAUCUUUAAGAGUAAUUAUUUACUAUUUAGCAUGAACUCAGUGGCUUUAGUUGUAAAGCAUAUCAGCAGGGCUAUAUAGUUUCACCCUUUUAAAGCACAUGAACAUGAUCUUUGUACAUCAUGUCCAGACGUACUGUUUAUACUUUUUCUGAGGUCUAAUUGCCACUGAUAAGCUCUCACGCUGCAUGUGCAUUCACAUGGGAUUUCAAGCAUGUGAACAUGAUCUUUGAACAUAAUGUUCAGCCGUUUUUCUGAGGUCUAAUUACUGCUGAUAAGCUCUUAAGCUGCACAUGCAUUCACAUGGGCUUUUCACCUACAUACCAGAUAGAUUUGCUUCUUCUUCGAACUAGCAGCUAAUGACAUUUUCCCUCAGCUGGAAAUCUAGUUUGAUGAACAAAACUGUUGUGAAGGAAGAUGUAUCACUCAGCGCUUCUCACAAUUUUGUUCCUGUUGUCUGUUCCAUGUGGGGUCUAUUCUGGUAACAUUUUGGUAUUUCCAGUUGAUGGAAGCCACUGGAUUAAUAUGAAAGUUCUCAUUACAGAACUACAUUCAAAAGGUCACAACAUCACAGUGAUUCGCAGUUCAGACAGUAUGUACAUUAAAGAAGAGUCACCCUACUACAAAUACAUCACUGUAGAUGUUGGUGCACUUGAUGAUGAAAUUUUUACCACUUUUGCAUCCCAUUUGCUUCAAGUGCAACGACAACAAAAUUCCACAUGGGGCAAAAUCAUGAAUGCAAUGGAAGUCUUAAAAAAAUUCUCUGAGAUUCAUGAGAAAAUCUGCAACAUGACUUCCAAGAUAUUUGAAAAUGAGACCAUGAUGAAGUCUUUGCAGCAGGCUAAAUUUGAUAUGGUUUUAGCUGACCCUGCUAUGGGAGGUGGUGUGUUACUAGCACACAAACUUGGCCUCCCUCUGGUGUUCAAUGUUCGCUGGACGAUGCUUGGAGAGGGCCAUUUUGCCAUUGCUCCCUCUCCUCUGUCUUAUGUACCUGUUCCUGGAGCAGAGCUAACAGACAAGAUGACUUUUACUCAAAGAGUCAUAAAUGUGUUGAGUUACUUCUUCACUUACUAUCAACAAAUUAAGCAUUCUGUUCAACCUUACCAGGCUUUUUGUCAGAAAUACUUUGGACCUGAUGUGGAUUAUUUUUCCCUUCUUCAGAAUGCAGAUAUUUGGCUCAUGAGAAAUGACUUUACUUUUGAAUUUCCACGACCCACAAUGCCAAAUGUGGUCUAUAUGGGUGGCUUCCAGUGCAAGCCCUCCAAGCCACUUCCUGAUGAUCUAGAAAAGUUUGUGCAGAGUUCAGGGAAACAUGGGGUCAUCAUAAUGUCUUUGGGAACUCUUUUUGGACAUCUUGAAAUGGACAUUGCAGAUGAGAUAGCAGCUGCCUUUGCCCAACUGCCUCAAAAAGUCAUUUGGAGACACACUGGACCUCGGCCUUCUACCCUUGGCAAUAACACAUUACUAGUGAGCUGGAUGCCACAGAAUGACCUACUUGGACACACCAAGACUAAGGUCUUUGUAGCCCAUGGAGGAACCAAUGGUGUUCAGGAGGCUAUCUAUCAUGGCGUACCCAUUUUAGGCCUGCCUAUAGCAUUCGAUCAACCUGAUAACCUGUCAAGGAUGAGAGAAAAGGGAACAGCUCGAGUCCUGGAUAUUUCUGAGUUGGACAGAUCGGUAUUUUUAGAGGCAUUAAAGGAGAUGCUGUAUAAUCCAUCUUACAGAGAGAAGAUGCAGAAGUUGUCUCGACUGCAUCAUGACCAGCCCAUAAAACCUCUUGACCGUGCGGUCUUCUGGAUUGAAUAUGUCAUAAGGAAUGGCGGUGCUCCUCACUUACGCACACAGUCAUUCAGGAUGUCCUGGAUUACCUAUCACUCUGUGGAUGUAAUGCUCACAUUGCUGGGAGCUCUGCUGAUUAGUGGCUGGCUAACAUUUUUGUUGCUGAGAUGUCUUUGUUUUAAAGUAAUCUUUAAUAAGAAAAUCAAGCGUGAAUGAUAUAUUUGCAGCAGGUGAAAGGUGUAAUUAUGUACAAAUGUAUGGGUUAAAAUUAGCAUGAACUAUGUACGUUUAUUAAACAA